AAAAUAAUAUCAAGCAAACGAAAGUCAUCCCUAAUUCGAUAAAUGAUCAUGAUAUAGUUAUGUCAAUUCUAGCCUUGAAGAAAUGUCGUCCAAAGCCUGGUUAUGUCUCCGUCCGAAGUCUCAAACAUUACAACAAAGAUUCUUUUUGUGAGGACAUAUCUAAUGCUUCGUGGUCCGUCAUUAACAACUUUGAGAAUGUCAAUGACUGUUUAAAUGCUUUUGACUUACUGUUUAAUGAAAUUCUGGAUCAACAUGCUCCAAUUAGAAAGGUUAAA